AUGAAGUCUUUCGCUGCUGCCGUCGCCCUCACCCUGGCCACUCUGGCCAGCCAGGCCCAAGCCCAGACCGGAUGCGCUGUUUCAUGCUUCCAGAAGGUCAUCACUGAACACCCUCCUCUGUCCUGCACUGAGGCCAACAUGUACCUCUGCUUCUGCAAGGACACCAGCCUCCAGAACUACUUCAUCGACUGCGCCAAGUCCGACUGCGGCAACAACUACCAGACUGCCAUCGAGUUCGGUUACAGCCUUUGCAACGAUCUCGGUGCCUCCAUCAACACCGCUCAGCCUACCAGCUCUGCUGCUGCUCAGCCUACUACUUCCGCAGCUGCCCAGUCUUCCUCUUCCGCUGCCGCUCAGCCCUCUUCCUCUGCUGCUGCUCAGUCUUCCUCUGCCGCUGCUGCUUCUUCCUCUGCCGCUGCCGCCUCAUCCUCCGCUGCCCAGUCUUCCGCUGCCCAGUCCUCCGCUGCCGCCAGCUCCUCCAAGGCUUCCUCUGCUCAGGCCUCUGCCACCGGCGCUUCCUCCAGGUCUUCUGCUGCCACCUCCGCCGCCACCACUCCCGGAGCUCCUGCCCCUACCACCGUCCGCACCACCACUGUCGCCCAGCCCACUGGCGGCAACUCCACCACCACCGUCGUCCCCGUCAACGGUGCCGGUGCCCUUGCUGGAUCUGGCUUCGCCGUCGUUGCCGGUGUCGCCAUGGCUGCUCUCCAGCUCUAA